AUGGGCUCUACUUCGGCAGUCUCCCCUCAGCCACACGUUCCCCCUUCGGGCGUCUGGUGUCCUGCGGUCACCUUCUUCAACCAUACGACGGACUCCCUCGACCUGACCGCGCAGUCCCAGUACUUUUCCUAUUUGUCGCGAACGGGCCUGACUGGCUUGGUUAUUCUCGGUACCAACUCGGAAGCCUUCCUGCUCACUCGUGAGGAACGUGCUCAACUCAUCGCGACUGCUCGCGCUGCUGUCGGCCCCGACUUCCCUUUGAUGGCUGGUGUUGGCGCACACUCGACCAAACAAACCCUCGAACUCGCCCAAGAUGCCGCUGCCGCUGGCGCCAACUAUGUCCUCGUCCUUCCCCCAGCGUACUUUGGCAAAGCCACCAACAUGAACGUCGUUAAGCGGUUCUUCUCCGAAGUCGCGGCUAAAUGCCCUAUCCCCGUGGUCCUCUAUAAUUUCCCCGGAGUGUGUAACGGUGUCGAUAUGGAUUCGGAGACUAUCGCUGCCAUCGUUCGAGAAUCAGCUGCUGCCAAUGCCAAUGGCCAGUCCAACGUCGUGGGUGUAAAGCUCACCUGCGGUUCCGUGGGCAAGAUCACUCGGCUGUCGGCCACAUUCAAGCCCGAGGAAUUCGCGACUUUUGGAGGACAAUCCGACUUCCUCAUUGGCGGUCUCGCAGCAGGCAGUGCCGGAUGCAUUGCUGCCUUUGCCAACGUGUUCCCCAAGACCGCGUCGCGCGUCUAUGCCCUGUAUCAGAAGGGCCAGGUCGAGGAGGCCAGAAAGCUGCAGGGUCAGGCUGCGUUGGCGGAAAGCCCCAUCAAGAGCGGCAUCGCGUCGACUAAGUACGCAGUCUCUUACUAUACAGCUCCCUUAGCAGGCAUUGCCGGUGCAGAGGAGAUGCUUCACCCCCGUCAUCCCUAUGAGCCCGUGGCAGAAGCCUCAAAGAAGGCCGUUCGCGAGGUGAUGGCCGAGGUGGGAGAAAUCGAGAAGAGCUUGUAA